ACAGUGCUUCUUUUGCAAGUCGGAAGUAUCUUGGUUCAGGACCCGCGUGUUGUGGACGCCAUGAUUCCUUAUAUGGUGAAUGACUAUGGGAACGCGCAUUCUCGUACGCAUGCGUUUGGCUGGAAAGCAGAAGCGGCCGUGGAGAAGGCUCGUGCACAAGUGGCAGCUCUCAUAAAUGCAGAUCCUCGAGAGGUCGUUUUUACAUCCGGUGCAACCGAAUCUAACAAUAUUGCUAUCAAAGGAGUUUCGAAAUUCCAACAUCACACAGGGAAAAACCACAUUAUCACUGUGCAGACGGAGCAUAAAUGCGUGUUAGAUUCUUGUCGUUCAUUGGAGGCGGAAGGUUUUUACGUUACUUACCUCCCGGUAGACCAAAGAGGUCGUGUCGAUCUGAAGAAGCUUGAGGAUGCCAUCAAUCCUCAGACGUGCCUAGUUUCUGUAAUGACAGUAAACAAUGAGAUUGGGGUGAUUCAGCCAAUCAAAGAGAUAGGGGAUAUCUGCAGAGAGAAAAAGGUGACAUUCCACACAGAUGCGGCUCAAGCGCUUGGCAAAGUGCCUAUCGAUGUCAAUGCCCUCAAGGUAGAUCUUAUGUCAAUUUCUGGACACAAGAUCUAUGGUCCGAAAGGUAUCGGUGCGUUGUACGUUCGCCGACGGCCUCGUGUGCGUUUGGAGGCCCAAAUGAGUGGUGGUGGUCAAGAACGUGGCAUGAGAUCGGGAACGCUUCCAACAGCACUUUGUGUUGGCUUAGGUGAAGCAUGCCGUAUCGCUAGCAAGGAAAUGGAGAUGGAUGCUGCUCAUGUUACAAGACUUUCAAACAUGCUUCUUGAUGGCAUACAAUCAAAGCUGAGUGAAAUAAUUCGAAACGGCGAUCCUGAUCAUGCCUACCCUGGAUGUGUUAAUCUUUCCUUUGCGUACGUCGAAGGAGAGUCGUUAUUAAUGGCUUUGAAAAGCGUGGCGUUGUCAUCUGGUAGCGCCUGCACAUCUGCAUCAUUGGAGCCGUCGUAUGUUUUGCGUGCCAUCGGUGCAGAAGAAGAUUUAGCACACUCAUCGAUUCGCUUCGGUAUCGGUCGUUUCACUACAGAGAAAGAGGUACAGCACACGAUCGAUUUAUGCGUUAAGGAAGUGGAGCGCUUGCGUGAGCUCAGUCCACUUUGGGAAAUGGUCCAAGAAGGAAUUGAUUUAAAGAGUAUUCAGUGGACACAACACUAG